CCCACAGCAUCAAACCCUAACUUCAUUUCCAAAGAAGAGCAAAGAAAGGGUGAGAGAAAAACCCUAGUCCUUGAGCUGCAAUUCUAGCAAAGUGAAGCUCUAUUUUCAAAACCCCUUGCCUCUUCUUCACAUGAUAAAACCCUGAGUCUCAUAAACCCUAAUCUCAAUCUCGUCUUUCUCUCAGAAAAAAUGGAAAUAAUGACCUUGAAAAUCUAAGAUCCACUCAUUGUCUCCAAUCUCUCAAGUCAAAUCCUAACCCUAAUCGUCCAUUUCCAGGCCAGAAAAGAGGAACGGGGAACCUAAAACCCUAGCUCAGAUCUCCAUUUUCAAUCAACAGAAAGAAACCCUAAAAUGUCUGCUAUUCAUCUUCGUCGCCAAGCUUUGAUCCAUGUUCGUUGCCUCUGCAGCUCUGCAACUUCUUCUGAGAAACCCAAAGCCCUAACUUUCAACUAUGCAAGGUCGAGGAUUUCCCGAACGCAAGACCUUGAUGAGGUAAUAGAUAUUUUCAAUUCAGUUCGUGAGCUCCCAAAUGUUGCAGGUUCUCGUUUUGUGCAAGAUAUUGUGGUUCACCGCCUUAUCAGUGCUGAGCGUUUCUCUGAUAUAGAAACCCUACUCGAGAACCAGAAGAUGCAUCCUAAUAUCAAGCUCGAAUCCUUCACAACUAGUUUGAUUAUCUGUUAUGGUAAGGCUAAAAUGGUUGAUCGAGCCAUUAAAACGUAUCAACAGAUGGACGACCAUGGAACUCCUCGCACAGUGACUUCUUUUAAUGCCCUGUUAACCGCUUGCAGAGAAGCCGGAGAAUUCAAUAAGGUAACAGAACUCUUUGCUGAAAUCCCGGCGAAAUUUGGCUUGACCCCCACUCAAGUUAGCUAUGGGAUCUUAAUCAAGUCAAUUUGUGAGAUGGGUUCUCCCGAUAAAGCUUACGAGAUACUCAAGGACAUGAAGGAAAAGGAUGUGAAGAUCAACACUGUCAUAUACACCACUCUUAUUGAUGCUUUCUAUAAGAACCAAAAACCCGAGGAAGCUAGGAAAGUUUGGGAAGAAAUGGUGAAAAUGGGUUGUUCACCUGACCGUCCUGCUUAUAAUUCCAGGCUUCUUUAUGUGGCCAAUCAUGGCAAUCUUGAAGAAGCUCUGAAGAUUAUCGAAGAAAUGGAGGCAUCAGAGCUCAAACCUGAUGCCCCCACUUACACUUUCCUCUUGUCUUGUUACUGCAAAAAUGGUAAAGGGGAAGAGGCAAAGAAGGUUUAUGAAACAAUGGUUGCUAAGGCUUGUUACCCAACUGUCCAGACAUAUAGGAUUUAUGUGAACCAUUUGUGUGAAAACGCCAAGUAUGAUCUGGGUCUUGAAAUUUUCAUGGAGAGUGUUAAGAGGAAUAGGGUUCCUCCUUUUAAGACUGCAACACUUUUACUUGAGGGGCUUGCAAAGAAUGGUAAAGUGGAUGAAGCAAAGGAGCUUAUCAAGACGGUGAAGAAUCGGUAUGCGCCCAAUAUGUCCACCUCAUGGGUGAAGCUUGAGGCAGAGCUCGGAUUGAGCAAGAGCGAUUGAUCAUUAGUUGAGGAAUCUAUGAAGGAUGUGUUUAUUGACAAUCAUGAAGGUAAAUUUGCUUUAAGUUUGGAACUGGUGGGACAGUUUUAAAGUCAUGGGGUUCAUUACAGUUUCCAUAAUUCAUAGCUAUAUGCAGUUGAAUUAUUGUCCUCUUAUUUUAAAUUCAUGAAAUUUCAAAUUUCAGAGUUUUUGUUACAGUCUCUGUUAUUCAUAAUAUUUAUAUGCAGUUGAGUUCUUGUCCUCUUACUUCAAAGGCGUGAAAUUUCAAAUUUUGAAGUUUUUUUGUUCAUACAUUUUGUAAGAGUUCGGUCGAAGUUUGGUACUUAUAUCUGGAAACCUUGGACCAAUUGCUUUAUAGAUCAUAUUAUCAUUCCAUUGAUACGAUGG